AUGGAUGAGAUGCAGAGAAACUAUGAAGUACAGAUGCAGAUCUUUCGGGAGGAGAACGCCGCCCUGCGGCGGAAGGAAGAGGGAGUCCCGUUGACGCCUACGGUACCAAAUCCGCUGAGACUGAGUCGGGUGCAACAGCAUCGUGAAGCCGAACGGAUGGAGAGUCGCCCCCCACCAACGGGACAGGAGCAAUCACAGCCUGCCCAAGUUGAGAAGACGCAGGCGUCGAGGGGACAUCUGUCGCACACGAUGGCCGAGAGUUCGGGAGCAAAUGAUGGAGGUCGCCCGUCACGUCAACCGAUCCCUGCGUCGGGGUUCUCCCCCUUCACCCCAUACAUUCUGGAGACGCCGCUACCGGAGAAGUGGAAAAUGCCGACGUUUGACAAGUACGACGACACGACGAACCCUGACAACCACAUGCGAGUCUUUAUGCACCAGAUGAUGUUCCAUGCAGUUAGUGACCCCAUCUGGUGCCGUGUUUUCUCAACCUCUCUCACUAGGGAGGCGCUGGAAUGGUUUUCCGAGCUGCCAACCGACAGUAUUGAUUCUUUUGCCACUCUGAAGACAAGGUUUAGCACACAGUUCGCACCCUUGAGGCCGGUCAUCUUGACAGUCGACAACCUGGUGAACAUCCGGCAGGAGGAUGGGGAAUCACUGAGGAGUUAUCUUGAUCGGUACAACCGGAUGUCGGUCAAGAUAAAGGAUCUCAGCGACGAGAUCGCCCGGCAUCAUUUCUCGUAUGGGCUCCAGCCUGGUGUUUUUGCGGACAAGAUAAGCCGCAAAAGGCCAAAGACGAUGGAGGAGAUGAGGGAACGGGCGGCCAAGUUCAUACAGAUGGAAGAUAUGCAAGAAUUCCGGGUGAGGAAGAGGGAGAAGGAGGAUGCCGUAGUUUUGAAGACCGCCUCUCGGCCGAACAAACCCUUGACUCGGCCCAGUGAGAGAAAAACACCUAGGUUCACGACGUAUACCCCCUUGGUCGUCCCUCGGGCGAAGAUUCUACAAGAAGCUUUUAAUGCCGACUCACUUCCUGCGGCCAGGAAGAAGCCCCCACCACCCGAUGCCGAUGGGAGCAAGCACUGCCAGUAUCAUCGGACUAUCGGCCACACCACCGAGGAGUGCCAUACGCUCCGCGACAAGAUCGAGGAGCUCAUCCGGCAGGGGCAUUUGAAGAAGUAUGUCCGGCAGGAUCGACCUCCGCACGGCCCAGUGCAGAGCAGAAGUCCCGCACGAAGAGCUCCCCCAGCCCGGCGGGAGAAGCGGAGAGAGCCAGAGCCUGAGAGGCGAAGGAGAGGGCCAUCACGGACUCAUCGAAGCCCAAGAAGGAGUCGCAGUCGGAGCCAGGAUAAACCUUUGAAGGGUUAUAUCAAUACUAUCUCCGGAGGCUUCGCCGGAGGAGGAUCGAGUUCGGCUGCUCGGAAGAGGCAUGUUCGGGCACUGAAAUCGGUUCAUCUGGUGGAGAAGAAGGUCCGGUCGAUGCCCCCCAUCAUGUUUACGGACAAAGACUUCAAGGCGCCCGACCCUGAUCAUGAUGACCCGAUGGUCAUCUCAAUCGAGGUGGCCGAAUACGGGAUCGAGAAGGUGCUAGUAGACCAGGGAAGCUCCGUCAACAUCUUAUACUGGAAGACUUUCCAGAAGACGAACCUCUCCGAGGACCUGAUCGUCCCCUAUAACGAGCAGAUCGUCGGAUUCUCGGGCGAACGAGUCAACAUAAGGGGCUACCUGGAUCUUCGUACCAGGAUCGGCUCGCGGAAGGACGGCCGGGAGGUAAGGGUUAGAUUUCUUUUAGUUGAAGCUAAUACCUCGUACAAUGUGUUGCUAAGGAGGCCUUGUCUAAACGCCUUCGGAGCGAUCGUCUCCACUCUGCACUUAGCCAUGAAAUUCCUGUCGGAUAAGGGGAGGAUAUGCACUGUGCAUGCAAAUCAACAAAUCGCCAGACAAUGCUAUGCUGCAGGGUUGAAGAUCCCUCCUUACAGCUGUUCGCGAAAGCAGCACCGAUCAGAGGUGGCCAUGACAGAUUUGGACCCCCGAACGAACACGGAGGAUCGGAUGCAGCCGGAAGGAGAAACGAAGGACAUCCUGAUCGGGAAGCAUUCGGAGCAGGUCACCAAGAUCGGGGGAACCCUCAAACUAGAGGAAGAAGAGCUCCUGGGGGCAGUGAUUUUAGAAAAUGUCGAUCUGUUCGCAUGGUCGACCGCCAACAUGCCAGGCGUCCAUCCGGACGUCAUGUCUCAUAAGUUGGCCAUCUUCCGUGAAGCGCGCCCGGUUACUCAGAAGAAAAGGAAAAUGGGAGAGGAGCGUAGGAGAGCAGUUGAGGAAGAGGUGAGGAAGCUGGAAGGAGCUGGUUUCAUCAGAGAGAUCAAGUAUACUACUUGGUUGGCUAACGUAGUCAUGGUGAAGAAGACGAGCGGAAAGUGGAGGAUGUGUACAGUCUUCACCGAUCUCAACAAGGCCUGCCCGAAGAACGCGUACCCCCUACCCAGCAUCGAUCGGCUGGUGGAUGGAGCUUCGGGGCACAACUUCCUAAGCUUUCUGGAUGCAUACUCAGGGUACAAUCAAAUCCCUAUGUAUGGUCCAGAUAAAUCCAAAACGGCGUUCAUGAUAGAUCGGGCAAAUUUCAGCUACGAGGUCACGCCGUUCGGCCUGAAGAACGCAGGGGCCACCUAUCAGAGGCUGAUGGAUCGGGUGUUCAGGGGACAAAUCGGUCGGUCCGUGGAGGUGUACGUGGACGACAUGGUCGUGAAGUCUCAAACGGCUGCGGACCACGCGCGCGACCUCAAGGAGGUCUUUCACCAAGUGCGCAAGUACAACAUGCAUCUCAACCCGGAGAAGUGUGUCUUCGGGGUGCCGGCCGGGAAAUUUCUAGGAUUCAUGCUGACCGCCCGGGGGAUCGAGGCCAAUCCUGACAAGUGCGCCGCCAUCAUCGAAAUGAGGAGUCCCAGAAAUCUGAAGGAAAUCCAGCGAUUGGUCGGACGAUUGACCUCUCUCACGCGGUUCCUGCCCAAACUCACGGAGAAAGUCCGACCGAUUUUAAAGAUCAUGAAGAAACAGACCGCGAAUAAGUGGGAUGAUCUGUGCGAGACAACGUUUCAGUAG